CACUAUAUAAACGAGAUCACAGAUAUUCUCGUUUCAGUAUCAAUCAAAAUGCUAGCGAAAACUUUAAAAUUAGUUUUUAUAUUAUCAACUAUUAAUCUUAUUGUUAGUGCAAUUCAAUCUACAAAAACCACUAAAGAAUGCGAAAGAAAUGAAAUUUCGGAUUGCGUCGUUUUCGGUGAAAUCCACGUAAAAACUUUCGAUGGAAACGUUUAUAAUUUUGAAUCAACGUGUGAAUACAAAUUGGUAUCGAUUGAAUCUGCAAAAUUAGACGUUAAUUUAUUGAGAGAUCCAACAGCUUUACAAAUUAAAUAUUCCGGGAAUAUUUAUACAUUAACUAUAUCAGAAUCUUUGAUUCAUUUUACAAAAGAUGGAUUUGAAUACAACAUCCCACAUAAUUUUGAUGAAUUAAUUAUUUCAAAACCUGGAAGAAUGGUUGUUAUCGAACUCAAUGAUAUUGGGAUGCGAAUUAGAUUCGAUGGAAAUACGGUUCAAAUAGUGCAAGAUAACGAAAAUUUCGAUCAUAAAAUGAUAGGUUUUUGUGGAAACAAUGAUGGCUGCGCCGAUAACGAUCUGAUAACAGCAGAUGGAAAUACAACAGACUCCCAAAUUUGUUACGCAAAUAGUUGGACUUUAGAUCUUUGUAAAACCGAACCUUUCGAAAACGAUUGUGGGGAUGACGAUAAUUUAAACGCAGAAGCUUUAAAUUAUUGCACCGAUCUUUUCGCGUUGAAACAAUUCUCAGAAUGUUGGGAUUAUUCGGUUGAUUUCCGAGAUAUUUGUAUUUCGUUAUAUUGCGAAUGCAAACUUCUUAAUCGAAGGGAAUGUAUGUGCGAUAUGUUAGAUGCCUUUGUUAAAACUUGCAAUGUUAACACAAAUACAGCUACGGAUUGGAGAGAUGAAGAUUUAUGCCCAAUUAAUUGCACAAAUAUCGAUAAAAAAUUUUAUCCAUGUGCCCCAAAUGAUGGACAAAUAUCUUGCGGAGAUGAUAAAAUCGAACAUUCAUCACAACAUAGUUGUGAAGAAGGUUGUUAUUGCCCACCGGGUAUGAAACUUCACGAAGGGAAAUGUAUUUAUGCUGAAGAUUGUCCGUGUUAUCGAGAUGGGAAAUGGUACGAACCUGGGUCAUCUGUCCCAGAUUUGCCUCCUCAAGAAUGUAAUACAUGUGUUUGUGAAAACGGGCAAUGGCAAUGCACAGAAAAAAUUUGUACUGACGAAGGAGGAUGUUGGGGAGAUCCUCAUUUCACCACUUUCGAUGGAAGAAAGUACGAUUUUAUGGGAAAAUGUUCUUAUUAUGUUGUUAGAGGGAACGGAUUUGAUAUUAUAUGUGAUCAUUUUAUACGAAGAUCGAAUGCAUUUGUGAAAGAUUAUGAGUCUGCUUUACCAUCACAUUGCGCCAGAGUUAUUAUUGAGGUAGAAAAUAAUAUCAUCUCAUUAGAACAAAACCACGUUGUCAGAAUUAACGAUCAACAAAUCAGUUGGCUCCCACACUCAGUUUCCGGAAUACAAAUAUCCAGACCAAGCAGUCAAUUUACACAAGUAACAUUAAGAAAUCAUGUUGGCAUCUCGUGGAGCGGCUAUGACAGAAUCACCGUUAGCGUUCCAACAACAAUGAGGGGUCAUAUUUAUGGUCUCUUUGGAACAUACAACAAAGAUCAAUCAGACGAUUUUACAUUACCAAAUGGCACAAUCGUCAACGAUGCAAACACAUUCGGGCAUUCUUGGGUUGUCCCGGGAAGUUGUGGUUCUGAAAAUGUAAAUACAGACCCCGUCCCGCAUCCUUGUGAUGUUAACCCUGCCAUGAAACCAAUUUCAGAAAAAAAUUGUGCUGUUUUAAAGAGUCCUUUAUUCGAAGGAUGUUCCGAUGAUGUUGAGUCGUCUUACGAAGAGUGCGUUUUCGAUGGGUGUAUGUGCCCUGAUGAUAGUCCAAGUUGUCUUUGUGAUUUUUAUGCCCAACAAGGUGAGAUGUGCGCCGCUAGAGGAAUUUUGAUUGAUUGGCGUGAAGAAAUCCCUGAAUGCGGCAUUCAAUGUCCUUCGGGACAAAAAUACCAAAUUUGUGGUAAUUCUUGCACGAGGGGUUGCGAUGAUAUUUCAGCUAAUCCAACUUGUACAUCUCGAUGUAUCGACGGGUGUAAUUGCCCACCGGGGCAAACUUUGGAUAAUAAUGAUCAAUGUAUUCAAAUAGCUGAGUGCCCGUGUGUUUUGGAUAAUACGAGAUAUCCGGCUAAUUUUACUUUUAUUGAAACCAACGAUGAUAAAAAUAACAAACAUGUUUGCGAAAAUGCUUUAUGGACGAUUACACCAGCUACUGACGAAGAUUUAAUCGAUUACCCAAGUCUUGAGGAUUUUGAAAAUAAGUGUUACCGCGAAGAUUUUCUUGUAUUUUCAGGGUGCAAACGAAUUAAUGAAGUAAAUUGUUGGAAUAUCCAUUUAAAUGAACGCCCUAACUUUGAUGGUUGCCAAUCUGGUUGCGAAUGUAUGCAGGGAUACAUCAUGGACACAGAACUAAAUAAAUGCGUAAAACCAGAAGAUUGCCCAUGUCUCCAUCAAGGUAUUAGCCACCCAGAUGAUGCAAUCAUCAACAACAGAAACGAAAGAUGCGUUUGUGUUUAUGGCCAUUGGGAAUGUUCCCCACAAUCGGAUCAUUGGGAAAAAUGUAGCGUUUGGGGAAACAUCCACGUUCGAAGUUUCGACGAAACCUUUUACACCUUCACCGGGUUUUGCGAAUACACCAUAUUCGAGCAUAACUUUGAAGAUAGCGGAGUUAUUAGAGUUACCAUUAUGGCCGGUAGUUGCCCAUCUGGUUCUUGCAUCCAACGUUUAUCCAUUUUAUUCAGAUCAAAUUCUGGUCACACAGAGAACGUUUUCUUCACUCAAAACGAUUUCUUUUCAAGCACCAAUUUAACCCAAUUAAACAUAACCGAUAUGGGUCUUUCAACUUUCAUUGAUGUGCUUGAUUUUGAUGUUAGGAUUGUUUGGAAUAGAGAUGGAUGGGUUCAUAUCCACCUUUCUCAAGAGUGGUUAUCAAAGGAGCAUUUUGGUUUAUGUGGAAAAUACGAUAACGAUCCAAGUAAUGAUUUAAAAAUUCUUGGAAUCGAAACUCCCUCUGAGUUUGUUGAUUUUAACACGAAUGAUAGAACUUGCGGAAAAUCAACAGAAUUAACACCUGUUAAUGGAAUGUUUCCAGAGCAUCAAUGCAACAUUCUUUACACCAACAUUUUCAGAGAAUGCAGAUUCUUAAAACCAGUUGAUGAUUACUUUAAUAGAUGCAUAAUCGAUGCUAAAUCACAACUAAGUUUACCUGAAUCGGAAAGAAGUGAUUAUUAUUGCCAAUCUAUCGGUGCUUAUGCCCAAGAAUGCAACGAUGUGGGAGUUGUGGUUAAUUGGAGAAGUGACUCAAUUUGUCCUAAUUCUUGCCCAUUAGAUAAAGAUUAUUAUCCAUGUAAAGUUAUAUGCACUGAACAGAGUUGUGAAGAGAAUGGAAUGUGCUUUGAAGGGUGUGGACCAAUAAAGUGUACCGAUGAUGAUUAAAUAUAAAAUUAAUAAAGUUAAUUUGAUAAUUGUAUUCAAUAUUGAUAAUAAAAACAAAGUUAUAUGAG